AUGUUCCACAAAAGGAGCGCUCACAAGCCCAGCGAUGCUUUUGUUCGCGAUUUCCAGCGCAAGUUCUCCGGGGUCGCCGCCACUCCCUACAUUACGGGCGCUGGCAUCGUGCCCGACCAGCUUGUACAAUGCAAUUCGGGCGUAGGAGAUCUGCCAGGUCUCGUGUCUAAUCCGACCCUCCUACCGAGUCCCCAGUACUCGUCGUCCCCGCCCGGUCAGCAUACUUGUUCUUGUGGCCCCUUCAACGAUCAGAUGCGUAUGGUGCUGCCUGAUCAUCCGGUCGACGCAUCUCUCCCUCGGGCUCUAUCAUGCAACGUCGGCGCCCAGUCGUUGCUGCUGGCCCCUGCAUAUGGCCUGCCGCAGGAUCCGUGCGGCCUCCAGGGGGCGCCAUUUCAAGACCAGGACCAUCUAAGCGACUUCUCCGAUCUGCCUGCUCAGAACCCGCGAGAGAUCUCCCCGCCGGACUCGCAGCUCGGGCACUCGGGUACGAUGGACGAGACGCAGUCCGUGUACGAUGGCCACCAUCCACUGCGAUUUCAGGUUACCCUGCACGCUCCUACAGCUACCUACAACCCUACCCGCCAGACCCCUGUCACCUAUCUCAAUCGUCGCCAGGGGUACAAGAUCUCUAUCAUCGACACGGCACCUCCAGUCACACUUCCCCACCCGGUGCGAUACCGCACACAUUUUCGAAUCGGAUUUGACAACGACAACCAACGAGCCGACCCCGUGGCCGCCUGGAAGCUGUGGCGAGACAAUCGCGGACUGAACGAAGCCAGGAGGAGCGACGGGCAGCUGCGAGCCGUCGAAUGUGUCGACGUGAUGUCGAACGUCAUCCGUGGCCGGCCGGCGGGGUCUCAGGUGGCUCUGGAAAACUCGUCGGUGGACGGUUUCAGCAUCGUGUGGCUGGCCGACCCGCAAUCGGGCCACGCCGGAUGCGAGGCUCACAUUCUUUUCAAUUUCCUCUCCACCGACUUCACCUUGUCCAAGGGGGUCCAAGGGGCGCCGCUCCGACUGUAUGCGAAGACGCAGCUAAUCGCGCCCGAGGUCUCGCCGCAGCCUCCGCUGUCGACGGCGGAGAUUUGCUACUGCCGAGUAAAAUUAUUCCGAGACCACGGAUCCGAGAGGAAGCUAUCGAAUGAUGCCAUCCAGCUAAACAAGGCCAUCGACAAGGCUCGCCAGCGGCUCGGUGACCUCGAGUCGGCCGCCGCGCAAGGCCGACUAAACCCCGGACAAAGAAAACGGGGGAAGCCUCCGGCGGCAGCACGGCAACAAUUGGAACCAUUUCUGGCCAUGACCCAUGAAUUCUCCGCCCGUGACGAACUCCAAGCAGUGGUCUCCGACUUGGAAGCCGUGCUGUCGUCGUCCCGACCGCGAAGUAUGCUAUCGCUACGGGGUGACGCCCAAGAUGACCCCGAUCGAUUCCCCAUCGUGCUACCAAAUCCUUUGGAAGGCUCGGGCAGUGCCGACGAGCAGCUGGUGAAACGUGGCGUCAGGGAAGCAACGGGGUCUUCCUCGCCCAUGAGCAACCGUACACAGGAGGAUAAUCAUGCCGUUGCGUGCUUUUACAUCUGUCAACGCAUUGACGGACAGUUUGAGGAUUACUACCAUGCGCUGUAUCUCAACGAAUUGACCCUGUCGGACUUACUUCGACACGUCUCUCAGACAUAUCAAAUGGAACCCAGUAGUAUUAGCCAUGCAAUUCGCGUCAAUGCGAGCGGCCUGCGUAUUGUGAUCGACGACGAUGUCGUUCGAGAGAUUCCCCAGUCCCAAGAUAUGAUUGCAGAAUUCUCGCAAGAUGAUGGCACCGCUGGGUCAUCCCCGCGGUUCCGAGUCACCUUGUUCUAUUAG